AAAUGAUUUACACAGUUUCAUUCAAAACGCGUUUGUGUAAAGAACUGCGACUGUUGACAACUUUGAAUACUACUUUGAUAUAGACUGAAACGGUUUUGAAAUGCUUAAAAUUACAGUGUUGGUUUUGAUUUGGGCUGCGGUAGAGGCUAAAGUUGCACUGCCGGCGCGCAUAACAUUUCCAAAGGAUCACACUUUCGACAACAAUUGCACUUUACCGAAUGGCCAGCAGGGCGUCUGCCGAAAAUUUAUGGACUGUGGCACUGCAGUGGCUGAGAGAAAUGAGAAACCAAAAACAUGUUAUUUUGAAGGCGCAGAGCAAUUUGUUUGUUGUCGUGUGCCAAGGCCAUCAGAAUUAGCUUGUUCUGAAUACUAUUACCCACGAGAAGAAGUAAUUAAUGGUUUGGUAACGGCGCCUAAUGAAUUUCCUUACAUGGUCGCUCUUGGCUGGAAUACAACCAAACCAAACGUUUAUGAGUACAAAUGUGGUGGGGCCUUGAUCAGCUAUGACUGGGUUGUAACCGCUGCGCAUUGUACCAGCGUCGGUGGUCAAGAGCCGGCUGUCGUUCUAGCAGGUGGUGUCGAGUUGACAAGUACCAGAUUCCCACCAACGCCAAUCGAAAAUAUUAUUAUACAUCCGAAGUAUGAACCCAAAAUAUCGUACCAUGACAUAGCGCUCAUCAAACUGACUGAUGUACCACAUGAGACCGUGCCAGCCUGUAUUGGCGAUCAUUUACCAUUAAUUAGUCAAAAUGCAACUGCUGUGGGAUAUGGACACACCGUUUUCGGCGGCAAACCAUCCGAUCAGCUGCUCAAAGCGUAUUUGCAAACAAUUGAAACAGUUCUCUGCCAAUUCUUUUUCACUGAUCAAGAUGCGCUGCCAAAUGGGCUGUUGGAUACACAUUUGUGUGCAAAAGAUUUGCAAUUCAAUAGAGACACCUGUCAAGGCGACUCUGGCGGUCCGUUGGUUUUGAAGGGGAAAGCGGAAUCUUUUGUGAUUGGUGUCACCUCGUUUGGUUUGGGCUGCGCCACAGAUGCGCCGGGGAUUUAUACGAAUGUGGCAAAAUAUUUGGAUUGGAUUGAACCCAUCCUAUGGCCACAUUUUAUUAGAAAGAAUGAGGCGCAGAUGCCGGAUCGCAUCAUAUUCCCUGAUAUUGAUGAUUUCGAGAGUGAAUGCACUCUGUCGGAUGGAGAGCAAGGCAUGUGUCGAAAUAUCAGAUACUGUCCGAGUGCCUUAGAUUCCAGAGAGCGUGUGAAAACCUGUUAUUUUGAACGCUCCGAGCAGAUCGUUUGUUGUCGCGAUGUGCCCAAGGAAUAUGCAACGACGAGAGCAUGUUCUAGUUAUUAUCCCAUAGUCGACCAAAUGGUUAGCGGCCUUAGCACGCGACCAAAUGAAUUUCCAUAUAUGGUUGCUUUGGGUUUCGAGACAAUGUUGCCUGAUCUCUAUGAGUUCAAAUGUGGUGGUGUUCUGAUAGCGCCUAAUUUUGCAUUAACCGCAGCACAUUGUGCGCGGAUUGGCGGCGCCACACCUUCGGUAGUACUACCUGGUGGCGGCAGUCUGACUGACUACUCGCUGAAAAAGCAUGAGAUUGCCGAUGUUCUAAUACAUCCGGAUUAUGAUCCGAAGAAAGCGUACAAUGACAUAGCACUGCUCAAAUUAAAACAGGCGAUAGUAAAUUUCCAACCAGCUUGUCUCGGCGAAAAUGCUUUAUUGGACAACGAAAACAUUACGGCAAUAGGUUAUGGUCACACGCAGUUUGGUGGUCGUUCAUCCGAUGAUCUGUUAAAAGCUUAUUUAUUGGUUGUAAGCACUAAAGCGUGUCAAAAGUUUUAUAAAGACUCCGUUGAGUUGCCAAGCGGACUUAUGGAUACUCAAUUCUGUGCACAGGAUCAACAGUUUGGACGUGACACCUGUCAGGGUGACUCUGGUGGACCUUUGAUAUUGAAGAAUAUACACAUACCCUAUGUGGUUGGUAUAACAUCCUUUGGUUUGGGUUGCGCCACGGAAGCGCCCGGCGUUUAUACAAGGGUGUCCAAAUAUCUCCACUGGAUCGAGCCGAUUGUUUGGCCGAAUUGAUACAAAUGUUUUUUUAUAUUUUCAAAAUUUUAUGUUUCGUAAUUUAUAAUGUAAAUUAAAUUUAUAAAAUUAUUUUCUAUAAA